UUGGCACCUAUAAAUAUCUGUAUGUAUACGUGUAUCUCUACUUCACCCUGUCAUCCAUUUCUGUAUAAUAAUCGGCAAACAUGAAUCUAAGUUUACUCGCAAACAGUUCUCUUCUCCGUUCCGAUUUGCCAUUCAUUUCAGCUCACACACAUCCUCGCCGAAGCAUUCAUGGGAUAUAUGCUUCACAAUUGAACUUGCAGAAGAGUGUUUCCAGUGAUAACUCACUCUCUCAACGAACCACGCCUUUGUUGGCGAUUCAUGAUAAUGCGAUUUUUAAAGUCACUGCGCUUGCCACGGCUUUUACAGCAGCAAAUUUGAUUGUAGCGCACACAGCAGAUGCUGCAAGUACAGAAAACAUUAUGGAAAUACCUGCUUCACUUUUUACUUUGGCCGACGGUGGGCUUGGUGAUUGGUUUGGGGGGCUCCUAUUUUCAGCUGGGCAGCAGGCAAAUGAAGCUGUUCAGGACCAGUUAUCAGCUCUCAGUUUUACCAGUUUGGCUGUCAUAUUUGGUGCAGGCCUUGUCACUAGCCUCUCCCCUUGCACAUUAAGUGUACUACCCCUGACUUUAGGUUACAUAGGAGCUUUUGGUUCAGGAAAAAGCAAGUCUGAGGUCGUUAAGGAUUCUUUGGCGUUUGCAUUGGGUUUGGCGACUACACUAGCAUUGCUUGGUAUAGCAGCUUCGUUUGCUGGGAAGGCAUAUGGGCAGGUAGGACAGGGACUACCGCUGGCAGCAUCUGGUUUGGCUGUUGUGAUGGGUCUAAAUCUUCUAGAGAUAGUAGAGUUGCAACUUCCCUCUUUCUUUGACAAUUUUGAUCCACGAGCUGCUGCUGCUAAUUUUCCUUCAAGUGUACAAGCAUAUCUGGCUGGUCUUACAUUUGCAUUAGCUGCAUCUCCUUGCAGUACACCAGUGCUAGCAACCCUUCUUGCGUAUGUAGCAUCAUCCAAGGAUCCAAUAAUAGGUGGCAGCUUACUUUUAACAUAUACAACUGGAUAUGUUGCACCGUUACUUCUUGCCGCUUCUUUUGCUGGAGCAUUGCAGAGUCUACUGUCAUUCCGCAAGUUCUCAGCCUGGAUUAAUCCGAUGAGUGGAGCUCUCCUGUUAGGCGGGGGUAUUUAUACCCUGUUGGAUAAGACCUUUCCAGCGACAACAAUGUCUAUGUAGAAAAUUUUAGGUACGAUGCAAUCAUGCUGUGUUGUGGUAUAACAGCAAGGACAGGGAGCAAUGUUGCAUGUGACUAAUUUCCAAAAUUGCUUGUGCUUCUUGCUUUUUAGCUGUGAUGGAGAAAAGAAAAAAGGAAAUGCGAGAGCACCAAUGGUUUUACAGGACAAUGAUCUGUAGAAUGUCACACGAUGUCACCAGUAGGUGAUUGUAUAUAUUGCAAACAACCAUUCCUCAGGUUCUGUGAGUACUUCUGUAUAUAUACUUUUCGUCGGUAUAGAAACAAAGAAGAUUUAACACAUAGAAAAUGCAUAAAUCAUAAAUCAUUCAGGUUUCCUCUUCUGUAAGUGAAUGUCUUCUGUUUUGUGCGAACGCGUUAAGCUAAUCACAUGUGAAUGCACAAAGGCGCACAUGUAUAUUUUCUUUAUAAUACCUAGAUUCUGUUAAAUUCAA